AUGGCCGUCCUUCGUUUCUUUCGCGUUGUUGUGUUCGUUGUGCUAGCGCUCCUGACCUCUGGCUCGAGCUGUGAGUCAGGCUUCUUUGUUGGCAUACGAUCCGAGUCGGAGAUAUUCUCCGCCCUAGCUUCCCGACUGUCCCCAAAUGCUUCCAUCAUUCUUCCCGGGGACCCCCGGAUGGUGUCAAACCACCAGAGAUGGCAAGCUUACUCGGCACCGACGUAUGCGGCCGUAGUUGAAGUUGCCGUCGAAGAAGACGUCAAAGAAACGGUUCGAUUCGCCAACGAGCAUUCCUUGCCGUUCCUAGCAGUGAAUGGAGCACACGGGUGGACGUCAACCCUAGGCAGAAUGCAAAAUGGUCUUGCCAUCUCCUUCACCAGGAUGAAAGGCAUUAACAUCAGCCCUAACGGCCGCUAUGCCGAGUUCCAGCCCGGUCUCACGAGCGGCGAGGCCCUGCGAGGUCUCUGGGCUCAGGGGAAGCAAACAACAACUGGCAAUUGCAUGUGUGCCGGCAUCAUGGGCGUGAUGCUCGGAGGCGGCCAUGGCCUACUGCAGGGCAUUCACGGCCUUCUUGCCGAUCAACUCUUGGAGGCUCGCGUGGUGUUGGCAGAUGGAAGCUCGGUGGUAGCCUCGCCCGAGUCGAACCAGGACCUGUUCUGGGCGCUCCGAGGCGCCGGUCAUAACUUCGGCAUUGUGACAAGCUUGAAGUACAAGAUCUACGACCCCAUCCGCGAGUGGUCCCAGGUGCAAAUGACGUUUACCCAAGACAAGCUCGAGCAGAUCUUUGCUCUGUCCAACAACUACGUUCAGGAAGAGGACCAUCCGGCCGAGCUCACUACAUGGAUAACCUUUAUUCGGCGGCCCGAUAUUGAUCCUGACAGUGCGGUCAUCUCCGUGCUCCUGAUCCAUGCCGGAGAUCCAACACAACUCGAGUCGUGCGCUGCACCGUUCCGAGCUCUGGGCCCAUCCGAGGAGCAGCUCCAUGCAAACGUUGCGUACCCUGAACUCUUCCGCCUCAACGGACAAGCUGAGUCCAGCAGCCCGUGUGCAAAGGGAAUGUACCGGCAGGCGUUGCCCGUCUAUCUCAAGAGCUACAGCAUCACGGCUAUGCGCAAAGUCCACGACAUCUUUACCGAUAUCACGAGCCGAUAUCCUAGCAUUGCAUCCGAUUCAACCGUCCUCAUUGAAGGCUAUUCCCAGCAAGCCGUGACCUCGGUGCCUGCGAAUUCCACCGCCAAGCCAUUCCGGGACUACCCAUUGCUCCUUGCGCCGUUGCUCAGUUACAGGGAUCCAUCGUACUCGAACGACAUGAUUGCCGCGUCCAGGGAGGUCAGGCGGGUGCUAGUGGAAGGGAGCGGAGAAGGGCGCCUCAACGCCUACGUCAAUUACGCCUCCGGUGACGAAAGCUUGCCAGAGUUGUACGGCCAUGAGCCCUGGCGGCUGGAGAAGCUGCGACGGCUGAAGGCGAAAUACGACCCUCAAGGCAGAUUCAACUUUUACGCUCCGAUCCAGGCUAGACAGAGCGUGUAG